CCGAGAUGUUCCGAAUAACCUACAUGUAAGUGUAGUGGUUUGGAUAGCCACAGUGGGAGCGUAGCACCGUAUGCAGAAUAAGAUUCGAAUACUUUAAAUGGUGCAAGUGGUGGUUAGAUGAUCAAAAACAACUCAAUAUGACCAACGCAACAUGGAGUCAGCGACCGGCACUUGCCCUCAAAGGAAUUGUCCAAACCCCUGGUCAGCUGUUCAGAAGCCUGCUAAUUCUCUGUGUGUUCAUGGUUCUUAUUCUCGUGUAUCAAAAGUCACAAUGUAAACAUGUCAAAUCAAAACCGACAUAUAUAUGUAUAGAAGAUCCAGAAUUAUUAAAGUUGUCUGGCUUAGAAAAAGUGGAAUUUCUAACAUUUAACGGGGCGACCCCUGAGGAUUGUUCUAAAAAAAUUUCGUCGCGUGGAAUGGUUCUCAAUGUGAAGGAACAGAGUCGUUUUGAACAAUGUGUAAAGAACUAUGAAUCUGACUGUAAGGCAGCCCACACGAGAUUUUGGUCCGGUGAUAAUCAAUAUGUCCGUCAUCACCAUCAUAAAUAUCUGACCAAUCGGAGCUUGAUGAUUGAUGUCGGCGGUAACGUUGGGGAGGACGCGGAGUAUUUUAUUCAGCGCUAUAACCCUAAGAGUUAUGUGAUAUUGGAACCACUUAAGCUUCUAUAUAGGAACCUUGUAAAAAAGUUUGAAAACAGGCGUAAUAUUGUGACGUAUAAUUUUGGCUUGGCUAAAAAGAAUGACGUAUUCAUGGUUAGUAUAGAGGGUAAUGAUGGAGAUGCGACAUCACCUUUCAUGGCAACUACAGACGGAACUUGUUCUCUGAAGGUUGUUAAUACCACGGUAUUUCUAACGACGUUAGGAGUUGGUUGUUACGAUGUGGAUUUACUCACGAUUAAUUGUGAGGGGUGCGAGUAUGAUGUGUUGGAAUCUUUACUCGCUACGUCACUCAUCAAUAGUUUUAAACACAUCCAGUUUGCCACACAUACUAAAUUGGCAAGUCUGGUUGACCCAGUGAACAGGUACUGUAGGAUCCAGGAACUUCUACAAAGGACUCACAGAAUCAGCUAUAGCUACAAGUUUAACUGGGAGACCUGGACGAGGCUGGACGUCGCUGUAUAACCUGCCAAACUCCAUAUAAUUUGUUAACAAAUACGUUUUAAUCAAAGUGUAUUAUCAGUGAAGAUCAAGAGGGACAGACCCCUCAGAAUUUACACAUUUGCUAUAAAUGAUGAUGUUUAGAGGUGUUGACUCCUCACCUAUUGAGCGGC